AUGAGGAAGUGCCUGGUGACUUGCUGGAUAGCAAUUCUGUUUAUCCUCCUGCUAACGGAUGACUCACUUUCCGUGAAAUCAAGGGGUUACCCACAAAACCGUCCACAAAACCCUGCAUACCCCCCACAAAACCCCAGCUAUCCACAAAACCCUGGUCAUGCCCCACAGUAUCCUGGUCACCCUCCACAAUAUCCCGGUCACCCCCCUCAAUAUCCGGGUCAUUCCCCACAACAUCCUGGUUAUCCCAGAAAUCCUGGCUUCCCCAGUCAUACAGGAGGAGGCAGCUGGGGCCAUCAAGACAGUAAGCCAUGGAAACCUAAGAAGCCCAAGACGAAGCAUCUGGUGGGAUCAGCCGUUGCAGGAGCUGCCGCAGGAGCUAUCGGCGGCUACCUUUUAGGCAGCGCCAUGUCCAACCUACGCUUUAGUUUCCGCAACCCUGCCGAGGAACGGUGGUGGUACGAAAACCGAAAUCGUUACCCCGAUCAAGUUUACUAUCCACCGUCCAACCAGCCCGUUUCGAGGGAUGUGUUUCUGAGAGACUGUGUCAAUAUCACUGUGCGAGAGUAUAUCGAGCCCGCUGGAAACCAAACAACGGAUGAGAUGGAAACCACGGUUGUGACUCGAGUGGUACACGAAAUGUGCACAGAGCAGUACCGCUUGGUGUCAGGGGCUGCAGGCGGAGGUGGCUGGAGCCGUUAUGAUAGUGAACCGUGGAAACCGAAGACACCCAAGUCCGAGUUGCCACCAGUGGCAGAAAAAACGGUUACCGGUGCUCCAAGGGGAGCUGUAGUUGGGCCCCUCUUAGGCAGUUCCAUGUCAAAUAUGAGUUUUCAGUUUAACAACAGUGAUGAGGAACGGUGGUGGUACGAGAAUCGCAAUAACUAUUCGGACCGAGUUUACUACCUGGAGUACAGCCAACCUGUUUCGCAGGAUGUCUUUGUGAGUGACUGCAUGAAUAUUACGCUGGAGAAGUUUCUCGAGCCCACUGGGAAUCAAACCGUUGAUGAGAUGGAAGACAGGGUCAUGAAACAAGCCGUCCAGAAAAUGUGCACAGAGCAGUACUGGCUGGUGUUGGGCGUUGCUACAGGAGGCUCCUGGAGCCGUCAUGCUAGCGAGCCAUGGCACUCUAAGACAGCCAAAUCCGAGAUACACUAUGUAGAAGAGGAAGCUGCUGCCUACGUUACCGUUGCAGUUAUCGGUAGUAACCGCUUGGAAAGCGCCCCACCUCACGCUGGCUUUAACAAGGCCAACCAGAAAACACCCGGUUCAGGCAUUGCCAUCCUUCUGGCCAACCCUUCCCUGCUCUGGAUCAACACAUUCGCCUUCUGUUUCCUGAUGCACUGA